ACUUUUCAUACAGCAGUGCCUACAUAAUGAGCCGAGGGGAAGAAAGUGAGAGACUUUGCUGAACUCUCAUUGCAGUCUGCGCUCUAAAGAAGGUCAGAUCAGUUGGCAGAGCAUCAGAAUCGAGAAAGCCUGCAGACGCCAGCAAACAAACAUCUACUGUGUUUGAGCAACAGGCUCGAAGUGGAAGGAAGAAAAGAAAGAGGGGGGAAGUAGGAGGAGGGGGAGACAGAUCCAGGGAAAAGGCUUUUUAGAGGAAACGGACACAGAGGUUUGCCGGUCCACAGAGUGCAGCGAGCGUGUAGAGAGACACAUACAGACGUGGCUGUGCUGCCUGCUGCUGGAGGGAUUUUAAUGAAGCUCAGCAGCUGUGGGCCACACCACUGUUAGAUGCGUUUGCCUUCAACAUGCGGAGUGACCCUAUUUUGUUCGCCUCAAGGGCGAUGGAGGAGUUGGUGGCAGAGCUGCGGGUCUUUUUGGAGCUGUUGGACAGAGAGUAUUUGAGCGCAGCAGUGAGAGAGAAGAAACAACAGAUCUCCAACAUUCUACACAGAGUCCUGUCUGCUAAAGAGCCGUCCUAUAAGGCAGAGAUUCACAGCUCACUUCCUGCACCUCCUCAGAUGCCCCUUCCAGAGAUCCCUCAUCCAUGGCUGCCUCCAGACAAUGGUCCACCUCCCUUGCCCAGUUCAUCUCUUCCUGAGGGUUACUAUGAGGAAGCUGUGCCUCUGAGCCCUGGAAAAGCUCCAGAAUACAUCACCUCCAAUUAUGACUCAGAUGCGAUGAGCAGCUCAUAUGAGUCAUAUGAUGAGGAAGAGGAGGAUGGUAAGGGUCAGAAGAUGAGGCACCAGUGGCCGUCAGAGGAGGCCUCCAUGGACCUGGUGAAGGACGCCCGUAUCUGCGCCUUUCUACUGCGCAAGAAACGCUUCGGCCAGUGGACCAAACUGCUGUGUGUGAUCAAAGACAAUAAACUCCUGUGCUAUAAGUCAUCUAAAGAUCAGACUCCUCAGAUGGAGCUGCUCCUGUCUGGCUGCAGUAUCACUCACAUCCCCAAAGACAGCAAAAAGAAGAAGCACGAGUUGAAGAUUGUCCACCAGGGGGCCGACGCCCUGGUCCUCGCUGUGCACAGCAAAGAGCAGGCUGAGGAGUGGCUCAAGGUGAUGAGGGAGGUGUGCGCUUAUGGAAACGGAGCAGUGGACUCUGAUGGAGCAGUUUCUGGAUCUCCUGUUCACAAAGUCGAGCUGGAAAAGAAGUUGUCCUGUGACAGACCCAGUUCAGAUGGUGAGCCCAGCCAUGAAAAUGGCAUCACAGAUGGAAAAGAUCCAGCUAAAGGGAAGAAGAGCAGUAAAUCUGAGCAGAAGGGCACAGUAGGAAAGGGAGCAGGGAAGAAAAUCACCAAGAUCAUCAGCCUGGGGAAGAAGAAACCAUCCACUGAUGAGCAGACGUCAUCCGCUGAGGAGGACGUCCCAACAUGUGGCUAUCUGAAUGUGCUGUCCAAUAACCGCUGGAGGGAGAGGUGGUGCCGGCUGAAGGAUAACCAGCUGUUACUGCAUAAGGACCGAGAGGACCUGAAGACACACAUGGCCUCGCUGCCCCUGCGGGGCUGUGAGGUCAUUCCAGGUCUGGACUCCAAACACCCGUUUGCUUUCAGGCUGCUAAGGAAUGGGCAGGAAGUGGCUGUGUUGGAGGCCUCCUCCUCUGAGAGUAUGGGUCGCUGGUUGGGAGUUUUGCUGGCAGAGACAGGUUCCACCACUGAUCCUGCUGCACUGCACUAUGACUACAUAGAUGUGGAGACCACUGCCAAUGUCAUUCAGCUGGCCAAACAGUCCUUCUGUUUCACCAGUAAGCGUGCUGUAUCUCCAAACCCAUAUCUGGAUAAUCCAGUGAACGGCUACGCUCGCCCCUCGGGAGUGGCUCUGCACUAUGAUGACGUCCCCUGCAUUAAUGGAUCGAAGGAGCCAGAUCUGCACUACUCCUCCCCAGGCUCUGGAGGAUGCAGUUGGGCGGAGGAGGCUCACUAUGAGAAUGCAGAUCUCUAUGAGAACAUGCCUUCCCCCAAACUGGCAGCUUGCUAUUCACCUAAACCAAGCCAUUACAACACACCUGUCUCCUCUAAAGUCCUCUCUUCUUUUUCUUCCUCCACUGCUAAUGCUAACUCUAAGAUGAAGGGGAAGAAAGCCGCAACCACCAAUGGAGUGGCUGCCAAACAGAAACUGGACAAGAACCAGGUCAGGAAGGCCAAUGGAACCAGUGGGUCGCUACCAGUCAAGCGCAACAAUUCAAGUGCGGAUCAGUACAAGUAUGGAAAGAACAGAGUAGAGGCAGAUGCUAAGAAACUCCAGUCAAAAGAGGAAGAGCUGCUGAAAAGAAAGCAAGAGAUUCGUAACCGUCUGACUCACCUGAAGAAGGACAGGAGAGACCUGCGCACUGCCAUCGAGAACAGCACCGGUAAGCGCUCCCAGGCCUCUCUGACAGAGCGGCUGAAGAAAGUGGAGGAUGAAUGUAAGAUGAAGGAAGAUGAGCGGGUGAGCUUGGAGCUGGAGCUGACGGAGGUGAAGGAGAGCCUGAAGAAGGCCUUGAAUGGUGGGGUCACUCUCGGCCUGACCAUCGAACCCAAGACCAGCAGCUCCAGUCCACAGUCUCCAGCGCUGAUAAAGCGCAUGAUGGAUAACUCGCCCAUCUCCAGUUGUGACACCAGUGACACCGAGACGUGUUCACUGCCAGUCAACAGCGCCUCCUUACUGCGGCGCCAAGGGCCACAGAAAGCCUCUCCAGUACGGGGACAUGUCCUCAGAAAGGCCAAGGAAUGGGAGAUGAAAUCUGGCACAUAAACAGUUACUUUCCACUUAUAUUUCAGGUUUCCUGUAUAUAUUUAUUUAAAUUUGUGCAUAUAGAAAGGGUUGUUGAAAGUGAACUGACUGAAGCAUAGACACAACAUGGUGCAGGAAAUAAUGAGGACAGACUGAGAACAGUUCACCAGCUUGCAAUCGAUCAAUACUGUGGGACAUGAAGUAUAUUGUUGAUGACUGAACAGAAAAAAAACUGAACCAUUCCCAACAUCCACCAGUUUCUCAAACUGCACAAUAGCUGCAAUCUUAGCUCAGCCAUUGAUCUCAGCUAUGCUUAUGUGAUCUAUGACAUUUCCUACUUCAUUGAGUCUAUUAGAAGCCAUCAUUGGAAGUUAGAAAAAGUACCUUUAAAUAUUUAUUUGUAAAUGUUUAAGUAAAUACAAGCCUCUUUCUGUGUUUGUUUGUGUCGAUAUUUAAAGCUUUAAAGCAUUUUAUUUGGCCUCAUGCGAGGCCCUGCCUUUAUCAAGUUUUUUUUGUUUGUUUGUUUUAACUGGGUUUUAACCGGGAACACUUUCAACAGGAAGUUCAAGUUUCCAAGUUUUCUGGUUAUUGAUUUCAGUCAUAAAGAAACGAAAUGUAGUGUAGAGGAGCACUUCAUGUUAAAGUCAAGGAUGAGUGUCAUCUAAAUAUGGUGUCAAGGAUAUGGGCACUGGCUCAGUCCCGUAGGGAUCGAAGCCGCCAUCCAGUCUCUACUCCCUCUGUGUGUCUGGACAGACUUUUGGCUGGAGUGGUUGCUAUGGUGACAGCAACCCAUAGGGACAAGGUCAGCCAAGGCCAGGGCGUGGUGCAAAUCACAAACCCCGCUUCACUUUCCUUAACGCUCACCAGAACACGCACUGCAGCCAUGCUCUAACAGCCACUGCACUGAAACAGCCCCUCUUUCUCUAUCAUGGGACGCUUCAAUUCAAACCCAUCAGUACACUGACAGAGAAAGAAGCACUGUAAAUAAAACUGUCAUCCAUAUGUGAAAUUCAUUCACUGUGUAAGAUAGCUUUCCUCUGAAGAAUCCUACAGUGGUUCUGCAUUUAGAAUUUUAUGAACCGUGCUAUGUGCUCACAUGCAGACAUUGUUAAAUGAACACUUGCUCUAUUAUCCUAGCUACAUUUCACCUGGAAAUACACUAUGGAAUCAUUGGCAUUUAGCAGUAACAUGUUAGCAGCCUGGUCCGUUUUGCUGUGUGGUCAUAAGCAGAGCAUACUGUAUAUCUGUUUCCCUGAUGUUGGUGCUUUUGAGUCAUGCUUUUUUCUUGCUCUUCACUCUUAAUCCAGCAAGAUUAAGGAGCAAGACUUGGUGCUUAAUAUAGAAAUAAGGACUGACAGAUUCGUAGAGACUACUGCCAGCAUGCUCAUAUUUGAGGCACAUUUAUAACUUUCCAUAGAUGGCUGGUUUCUCAUGCAGUGAAGCUUAGCAUUUUGAUUUGAGGCUACAUAUUUUAAACCUAUGUACAAGCAGACAUUUUAGUCCUGAGUGCAAGUGUAAAUAUCUUCCUUCCUUUUUCAUGUCCAUUGAUUUCAGUCCCAAGAGUCUGCAGUCCAGAGCUAGUCCUGUCCGCUUGUGUGAGGAGAAGAGUCAGUGUUGGAUGAAGACCCGGUUUCGCUGGGUUUGUCUCAUAGAGAAAGACCUUGUGGGAAUUUGAGUAAUGUCUAGUUCAAGCUUGAAGUCAGCUAAACAUAUCUUUGGCCAUUCUGCAAUACCUCUUCCACCCUUCCUUGACUGGCCAGCCUGUUGAAUCAGAGAUGCUAAAACCAGGGGUGGAAAAUACUUGAGGAACUGUACUUUAUUACUGUACUUAAGUAUUAUUCUGGAAGUUUUGUAGUUUUCUCAAGAGUUAUUGAAAUUAUAUACUUGUACUUUGUAAAUGUACUUUUUACUUCUUACAUUUUCAUUUAGACCAUCAAAGUACUGAUAACAAAUCUCAAAGGCCAUGAGAUAUUUCUCUUUUCUUGUGAGUUUCUGCACAUCUUAAUGUUUUUUUUUUUUGUUAAAACAUCCAGUCAUAUUCAUAUCAAUAUAAAAUAAAACUGCCCACAACUAUGCUAACUAGCCUUUAUGUGAGGACUGUUUCCUCCCAUUAGUAACUACACCACAAAGUAUCAUGUGUUUUUUAAAACUUUUACUAUUUAGGUUUAUUUAUUUAAAUAUGGAUACUUUUAGAUUUUCACUAAAGUAUAGUAUAUAGUAUAAUUUAUAUAGUAUAUCCAUACUUCCGCUUUUAAUUGAGUAAUGUUCUGAACAAACAAAGUAAUUUUACUCAAGUAUAAUUUCUCUGUACUUUUCCCACCCCUGGCUAAACCUUUUAACCAUUCAGGCCGGCAGAACAGUAUGAAGAGUUGUGGAGAGGCGUUUCUGCUGACAGCCCUAAAACAUCUCUCCCUCACACAAACUAACAGGCAUGAUGUCAUAAAAUGUGAACAGUUAUAUGUAUUGCUUUAAAGGAAACGGGCGGAGAGGGAAGCAGGGUGGGGGUGGGCGUGGGGCUGGGGGUGGGAGUUAAAAACUAAUGAAAAGCAACUUGUUUUGUUUUGCACCUUAAGGAUUUUUCUACUCAAUUGUACUUUUUUUCUGAGAGACUGUUGCUGACUUGGCGACAAAAGGCUGUACACAGAAAUAAAAACUGCUUUUAAGCUA